CAGUGCUUGGGGGCCAUCUGUGUUUGAUCAGACCAGGCGGGAAGAGGGGUGGGGGGUAGAGAGACUGAAGGCAUUCCAGAGGAGUGAGAGACCCAGAGAUCAGAAAGGAAGGCCCGCCCCGCCCAGCCCCGCCUGCAACACCGCCCGGCGCAGCAGCGCAGGCCUGAAGGGAGAGGCCCACACCACUCCUCCGGCCCCACGUCCCCGCCGCCAUGGGGCCCUGCUCUUCAGUCCUCCUCCUGUUCCUCCUGGCAUGGUCUGAGCCCCUCCGAGGGCAGCAGCACCACCUUGUGGAGUACAUGGAGCGCCGGCUUGCCACCUUGGAGGAGCGCCUGGCCCAGUGCCAGGACCAGAGCAGUAGGCAUGCUGCUGAGUUGCGGGACUUCAAGAACAAGAUGCUGCCGCUGUUGGAGGUGGCAGAAAAGGAGCGGGAGGCUCUGAGAACGGAGGCGGACACCAUCGCAGGGAGAGUGGACCGCCUGGAGCGCGAGGUGGACUAUCUGGAGGUCCAGAACUCAGCUCCCCCUUGUGUGGACCUCCAGGAGAAGGAGACCGAAGGCCCCGGGGCCAAAGGCAAGAGCAGGCGAAAUGAGAAAUACGACAGAAUAACUGACUGUGACUACACAGUAGCCCAGGUGAGGUCGAUGAAGAUCCUGAAAAGGUUCGGAGGCCCUGCGGGCAUGUGGACCAAGGACCCCCUGGGGCCUGCGGAGAAGAUCUACGUGUUCGACGGGACCCAGAACGACACAGCCCUGGUCUUCCCCAGGCUCCGGGACUUCACGCUUGCCAUGGCGGCCCGGAAGGCUUCCCGAAUCCGAGUGCCCUUCCCCUGGGUGGGCUCAGGGCAGCUGGUAUAUGGUGGGUUCCUUUACUAUGCCCGGAGGCCUCCCGGAGGGCCAAAAGCCACGGGUGAGCUGGAGAACACGUUACAGCUCAUCAAGUUCCACUUGGCAAACCGAACCGUGGUGGACAGCUCGGUCUUCCCCGCGGAGGAGUUGCUCCCCCCGUACGCACUCUCCGAGGACACCUACAUUGACCUGGCGGCCGAUGAGGAGGGCCUGUGGGCCGUCUAUGCCACCCGGGAUGAUGCCAGGCACUUGUGUCUAGCCAAGUUAGACCCCCAGACCCUGGACACAGAGCAGCAGUGGGACACCCCGUGUCCCAGGGAGAACGCCGAGGCGGCCUUUGUCAUCUGUGGGACCUUGUACGUCGUCUAUAACACCCGCCCUGCCAGCCGGGCCCGCAUCCAGUGCACAUUUGAUGCCAGCGGCACCCUGACCCCCGAGCAGGCAGCGCUCUCCUACUUUCCCCGUCGGUACGGUGCCCACACCAGCCUCCGCUAUAACCCUCGCGAGCGCCAGCUCUAUGCCUGGGAUGAUGGCUACCAGAUUGUCUAUAAGUUGGAGAUGAGGAAGAAAGAGGAGGAGGUCUAGCCAUGUUUCUUUGACUCUUAUCCCCAUACAUUUUCAUUCCUGCUAGAUUUCCUGCUGCUCAUUCAUCAAAUAUAGCCAAAUUGUGACUCCAGUCGCCUACUUUUAAAAACAAACCAAUUGCA